AGAUCGCUGUCGAGUCCACAUUUGGUGCUACGAAAAGCAGCGGUUUGCUGCUUGAGGCAACUUGUUCAGCGGGAAGCAAAAGAAGUGCGCGAACAUGCUCAAACACUUGUACCACAGGGUAUAAUGAAUAAUAUAAGUCGCAGUAAUACGGAGCCGGGCUUACCGGAAACAGGCCUCGAAGGCGUUCUCCUCUCAAUGCUUGAUGUUGAAACUGAUGACAUGCUGAAACAGGAUGUUAAAGAAACACUGAUAUCUCUUGUUCAAGCAACGAGUAGUGAUUUGUUAAGUUACUGGUUGUCUCUGUGCAAGGAUAUUCUGGCAUCGUGUAUGGGUGCUGAUAUGAGAAGCACAAUAUUGAUCGAAGAAAAGUCGGAUGGUACUGGGGACGAAGAGGAUGAGUCAGAGGUUCUCAAAUCUUUGCGUAUAUACAUAGUUUAUUAA